UCAGGCAGGAGCGCACAUGACUGUCAGCUGGUCUGCGUCACGUGACCCCAGCUUUGCGGAAAAAGCUCGAGGAAAAAUGGCAGGAUCGAGGCGCUCGGGUAAAGUGAGAUCAACGGCUUUUAUUGCCCUUUUCGUCGGGUUCUUCGCUACGGGCAGCCCCUCUGCUCAGGUGCCGCUUCUGAUGUGGUCCAGUGACGGCUUACCACCACUGGCCUCACCUGCAGCCGGUCACAUCACGUCCCAUGACCAGUUGACUGCCUACCUCGCCACCGCCAUUGGCUCUGGCCCCCACACUGCGCUGCUGUUCCUGCAGGACAAGUUAAGCAAAGAUGACUUCACAGUCUUUGGUGGAGUGUUUGGAAACAAACAGGACAGUGCCUUUCAAAACCUUGAGGCUGCGCUUCAGUCUUCUUCGUCAUCAGUUGUACUUCCAGCCUUAGAGUGGUUGGGCUCCUCUGCCAUCCCGGCUCUGUUGCAGGAGAAACUUGGUGUCUCGCCUCUGCUUGUAGACACAGACACUCUGUCUCAUCUGAGCUUCAACGCAUCUGUCAGCAAUCUAUUGCUUAUAAAUCUUCCUUAUUGUACUGGCUUACACAAGUCUUGCAAGGAAGUCCUGCACGACAAUGAUGAGAUUAUUGGGAAAGUUCUUAGUAUCAUGAAAGCCAAAAAUGUCCCAUACACCGCGAUAUACACAGGACUCCAGCCAUCACGAAUAAUUUCAGAGACAUCUGCAAAUGACCAGUCUGUGGGCCGGUCCUUGCUCCAAGCGGUUGUGCCCGACGUCAAACCGCCCAUCAUGUUUAAUGUGUCCGGUAACCCCUGCAUAAUGCUUUGGGCUCAGAGUCUCAACAUCAGCCUCUCAAGUACUUCGGCGUGGAUCAACCUCGCUGCGGAAACACCUUCCUUGGCGGGAUCCAUGUGUAACCGCAGUAACUCGCUGCUCGUCCUCAGUUAUUCAUCAGGCUUUACACUAAGUUUUGCCAUGAGUCAGCGGUUGUAUCCUGUGUCUGCACGGAACUGGUUCACCCUGGACUCUGUGGAGCUGCAGUCUAACGGGAUAACUGCGUCUUUCAUCGGGAGCCGCGGCAUCUACGCCCCUGCAGAGUAUUCUUUCCACUGCCAGUCCGUCAGCAGCUUCCCAGAUGGUCUGCUAGUAUCAAACAACCCCAGCCAAAACGCAUCUCAGUGGAGGCUCAAUUUUAUUGACUUCCAGAUUCAGGGCUUCAGUUUGGCAAACGGAACAAAUUUCUCCUAUGCCAGUGACUGUGCGGGGUUCUUCACCCCAGGGAUUUGGAUGGGGCUGCUGACCUCACUGCUCAUGUUGUUAAUUUUCGUGUACGGUCUGCAUAUGAUCAUGCAGCUAAACACCAUGGAUCGAUUCGACGACCCCAAAGGUCCAUCGAUUUCAGUGCCCCAGACGGAGUGAAGCACUCCUGACAGACAGACACACACACACACACACACACACACACACACACACACACACACACACAGUCUUUCAGUGCCUCCCGUUAGAUGGUGGACCUAGGAGAGUCCCUCCUUGUCAUACAGCUGUCAUAUGUGUGGGCCUCUUUCUUUGACGAUAUUUGUCAGGCAGAUUCUUUUGCUCUGACAUUCUCUCCUAUAGUUUUGCUUCCUGAAUCCUUCCACGGCUGUGUUUGGGAUGCCAUUAUCUUGCAGGGCACAUUCCAUCUCCUCUCCCCCACAUUUGCAAGUGCCAAAAUGGAUGCACCUUUACCUUCAUAUGAGUCGAUUUUGAGUGCAUGUGCUAAAAGGUGUUUUUUUUUUUUUUUUUUGGUGCCACCGCUGGCCAGACACAGUGGCUGUUUUUUCCCUAAAAAAAAAAUUUGCACUCUUACCAGAGAAUGCCUUCUGUGCCAAUGUGAAUGUCAUUGCUGGAUGCUGUAGGACCUUUUCAGACCUCAAUUUCUUACUUUAUUUUCUUCAACUUAGCUGUAAUUGAACGACUACUGGUAAUGAAAGAAGUGCCUGUGUAUAAAAUGUAAUUGUUUGUGAAUUGUGUGAAAUUUCUGAAACGCCGCUGUUUUGAAACUGCCAUACAGAAGUAUGCCAAUGCUUCUUCUGGGAUUUUAUUUUUUUUUUUUUUCCACUAAUGGUUAAAUCACAGGCAAUCACCACUGCAAUCCCCUGUUUUCUCCACAGGUAAUUUAUUUAUAUGAAAAGGCUUUCUCUGCUUAAUCCUACCCUUAAAGUUUACCCUUCGCUUGAGGUUCUUCAAUUAAUUUAAUGACAGUGCAUCUCAGUUCUGCUUUUGUCAAACUUGUGGAUGUGGAAUUGCCAUGGCAUGUACAGUAAAUUGUCUCUAAUUGCAAAAUAAAGAUAUCUAUUAAUUGUGA